AUGGCACCGACUGCGGGUGUAUCCCCUGUGGGAAUAUGCAACCUCAAAAACGACAUUAGUCGUGAUCCGCUCGCUGUGGUCAAUAAUCAUGGUGGGGACGAAUUGCUGCAAUCUCGGUUGACGGCCAAGAACUUGGUCAUGGAUCUGUUGAAGAAGCGCGCUGCCGAUGUGGAUGUGGAUCGGUGUGAGGCCGGUGAGGAAGAUGCUUUCUAUGUGGCGGAUAUGGGGGAGGUGUAUCGCCAGCAUAUGCGAUGGAAGAUGAACUUGGGCCGUGUGAAGCCCUUUUAUGCUGUCAAGUGUAACCCGGACCCUGAGGUCCUCCGUCUUAUGGCCCAGCUUGGCAACGGAUUCGACUGUGCUUCCAAGUCGGAGAUCGAAAUGGCUCUCCAGACGGGCAUUGAUCCUAGCCGUAUUAUCUACGCUCAGCCUUGCAAGACCAAGUCUUACCUACGCUAUGCCAAGCAGGUUGGCGUCAAGCAGAUGACUUUUGACAACGCCGAUGAGCUGUAUAAGAUCAAGGCCACUUUUCCGGAUGCGGAGCUCUACCUUCGUAUCUUGACCGACGACUCCACCAGCCUUUGUCGGCUAAGCAUGAAGUUUGGCGCUUCUAUGGACAUGGCUCCUCAGCUUCUCGAGCUGGCUCAUCAGCUCGAGCUCAAGGUCGUUGGUGUGAGCUUCCAUGUUGGAUCGGGUGCCGAAGAUCCCCGCGCCUUCCUCAAGGCGGUCCAAGACGCUCGUCUCGUAUUCGACCAAGCCAGCGAGAUCGGCCACGAGCUGCACACUCUCGAUGUGGGUGGUGGCUUCUGCCACGAGACUUUUGAGAAGUUCUCGGGCUACCUGAGUGAAGCUUUGGAGACUUAUUUCCCUCCUAGCGUUCGCAUCAUUGCCGAGCCUGGCCGCUACUACGUUGCCAGCGCCUUCACUUUGGCCGCCAACGUCAUCGCUCGUCGUGAUGUGCCCGACCCGCUGGAUCCCUCUCGAAACGCAUACAUGCUGUACCUCAAUGACGGCGUGUACGGUAAUUUCUCGAACAUCAUCUUCGACCACCAGCACCCCGUCGCGCAGGUCCUACUCUCCGCAGCCGACUCCCAGCCGGGCUUCAACUCUGCGUCUUUGGAGAACGUCUCGUACUCGAUUUGGGGUCCUACCUGCGACGGUAUCGAUGUCAUCUCCGAGCGCAUCGAGCUGCCUGGCCUGCUGAACAUCGGUGACUGGCUUUACUUCGAGGAUAUGGGCGCCUAUACCAAGUGCAGUGCCACUCGCUUCAAUGGAUUCUCCGACAAUCACGAGGUGAUCUACACCUCCAGCGAGACUGGUGCUUCGGCCCUCCUCAACUACUAG